UUCUGUGUCUGACUGUUGUCCGACCCAGACCAGGUGAAUGUACAGCAUCAUGAUGGAGACGGACUUACAUUCCCCCGUGGUGCCCCAGACCAACCCGUCCAACCCGGGGGGAGGAGGAGGAGGCGGCGGCGGCGGCGGCGGAGGAGGCGGAGGGGGGCCCGGAGGCAAAGUCCCCCAGGAGCGCAUCAAGAGACCCAUGAACGCCUUCAUGGUGUGGUCCCGGGGCCAGCGGAGGAAAAUGGCCCAGGAGAACCCCAAGAUGCACAACUCGGAGAUCAGCAAGCGGCUGGGCGCGGAGUGGAAGGUGAUGACCGAGGCGGAGAAGAGACCCUUCAUCGACGAGGCGAAGCGGCUGCGGGCCAUGCACAUGAAGGAGCACCCGGACUACAAGUACCGGCCGCGGCGGAAGACCAAGACGCUGCUCAAGAAGGACAAGUACUCGCUGGCCGGGGGGCUCCUGGGCUCCUCCGCGGGCGUGGGGAUGGGCGGCGGCCAGCGGCUGGACAGCCCCGGAGCGGGCCACGCCGGGGCCAACGCGGGCUACGCCACGCACGUCAACGGCUGGGCCAACGGCGCGUACUCGGGCCAGGUGGCGGCGGCGGCGGCGGCGGCGCACGCCAUGAUGCAGGAGGCGCAGCUGGCGUACACGCAACACCCGGGCGGCGGGGCUCACCCGCACCACCCGCACCCGCACCACCACCCGCACCACCACCCGCACAACCCGCAGCCCGUGCACAGGUACGACAUGAGCGCCUUGUCCUACAGCCCCAUCUCGAACUCUCAGAGCUACAUGAGCGCGUCCCCGCCGGGCUACGGCGGCAUCACCGGCUACACCCACCAGCACCAGAGCUCCGGCGUCUCCCCGGUGUCCGGAGCGAUCGGCGGGACCCUGGGCUCCCUUGUCAAGUCUGAGCCGAGCGUGAGUCCCCCCGUGUCCACGGCGCGCGCGCCGCCGUGCCCCGCGGGGGACCUGCGGGACAUGAUCAGCAUGUAUCUGCCCACCGGGGAGGCGGCGGCGGACGGCUCGGUUCAGAGCAGACUGCACGUGCUCCACCCGCAGCACUACCAGAGCAGCGGCUCCACUCCGGUAAAUGGGACGGUCCCCCUGACGCACAUCUAAAAAAUCUCUACGAAAGAAACCAAAUAUUUAACAUGUGGGCGCCAGCUGCUGACGAAUUGUAAAUUAUAGGCGGUUAUAGCCAUA